AUGUCGCACCUCAAAGAGCGCGUCACGUCGCAAACAAAUGGAAUGUCUUAUUUCAUGUGGCCGAAUAACAAUCCCGGUUCGGCCUUUUGGGCUGCGCCGUAUCGGGUGGAAUUAAGGCCGUCUGCGCUGGGGGAAGGGGUGGAGCUAACGCUGGGCGAGCUGCGCGCGAUGGCGUUAAGGCAGCAGCAGCAGAUCGACACCCAACACCAGCUGCUCUGUGCUAAGGAGCAGCGGCUGCGGUACCUCAAGCAGCAAGAGGCCCGCCAGCACCAGGUGGCUGUGGAGGGGGAAAGGCUCAGAAGGUUACGCGAGCGUGUAGAGGCCCAGGAGCAGAAGUUACGCAGGCUACGGGCCUUAAGGGGCCAGCUGGAUCGAAACAAGCAAGCGAAUAUCGCACUUAACAGCGACCUAGAGUCGAUACGCGCCUUAUUCAAUGAGAAGGAGAAGGAGUUGUCGGUGGCAGUGGCGAAAGUGGAAGAGUUAACGCGGCAGCUGGAGGAGUUGCGGAGGGGGAGGGUGCAGCCGGCACCGCCCUCUGCCCAAGAGCUGGACAAACUGAGACGCGAGCUUAUGUAUCGCAAUAAGCUGAACGAGCAACAGAACGGCAGGCUGUCGGCACAAAGGGCCGCGCUAGGCGCCCGGCAGGAGGAGAUGCGGAGCAUUGACAGGCGAGUCUCCGAGCUGCAGGCGCGACUCCUCAGGAAACGAGCCCUGAACAGGCAGUUGGCGGCCGCGCACCGACAGCCCCAACAGCAGAGAACGAACAACCCGACGCCAAUGCAGCAACUGCCGAACUACCCAGCCGGGGGCACCGCAAUGAACAGUCAACCAAAGAAUCAACAGGCGCGGGGCAACGUAGCCGCCGUCGAGCCUUACAACCACGUACCACAUGCCCCAAGCCUUAGCCAUAACACUAAUUUCCAGGCAUUGAAGCAAAAUGCAAUACAAAAUAAUGUGCCAUUAAAGCAACUCACGCAGAGCGACAACAUUCAAAGUCAUCUAACUCAGCAGGAAGCUCACUACCUACACCAAAAACAAAUGAUGAAUCCUCUAUUCAACGGCAACUUUCCCCACGUAACAGUUGGACAGGACAACCAGUAUCAGGCACAGGUUCAAUUUCAAAACAAACACGAAAUCAACAACUUCAGCCACGUCCAACAGGGCAUCACAAACGCGUACGAUCAGAAAACUAUGUUCGAUCACCUUAACAAAUAUCCAGACUACCCGAAACUGCCGCAGUACAGCCCAAACAGCACGAGCAGUUCAAACAGUAACCAAACCGGAAAGGAGAUCAAGAUCAACGAGCAAGAGUUCCCACCGGAGUUCGCUGCGAGCAAAUCCGAUCCAAAAUAUCAAACUUUGCCAUACAACACUAAAUUUCCGCAGAGCGGCAACGCUAAAUUAAAACAACCGGAAAUUAACGGCAAAGCCAUAGACAUGCAGGACGCUAAAAAUCAACAGAACGCCAAUAUUAAUCAUAUGACGGUACACUCAACGCCACUGUCGGUUAUCAACAAAAGUCUCGCUACGCCUUUAAGUCAAACCGAAGCGACAUAUCAGCAAGAGCAUACAUAUCAACUUCAAAAAUCCGACUCUUCUAGCUGGUGUAACCAAGAAGGGAAGGAAAAUCAUGCAUAUCCGCAAAAUUCUAGGUUAAGUCAGAGUAAUAGUCAAAGCAGCGAAGCAUCUAAAGGAAAGAGUCAACAGGGUAACAUCAUAAAAGGCAGCUCUCCAAGUUCGAUAUCUAGUACGACCGCCAGCAAUUCUAUAGGAUUCGGGAUCGUUAGGAACACGGCAUCAGGGCUCUCCAAUAGCACGGGGAGUUCCAACUACAAUGGGCAGAACGCGUCGUCACAAAGCAUCCUGCUGUCACCGCCACAAAGUGCCAGCACGCCUUUAUCGACUCCCGAUGUAAGCGGCACGGACAAAUCUCCCAAACCAGCAUUACCUCCUAAGCCAACAAUCAAAACUCCGCCAAGACAAUCUGCGAGCAACGAUCUGGUACCGGAGAGCGGUGUAAACGCACCACACGGCCAAGAUCUGUCCAACGAGGAGCAGCAGAGCCAGAAGGAGCCGAGCAAUGGAAGCGGCGAGAUGAUAAUCAAAGCACGCCCGCUGACCAUAAGGAAGCCGCCGCUUAGCGAGCAGCCCAAGCUGAGGAACCUCAACAGCACGAAGAACGGCAUCAGCGUCAGCAUAAACCGGCGCAUAGAAAUGCCGCCGGCGUUCCUUUUCCCCGAGAUGGACCACCUAACGCUGGAUGCCAACGAAAUGCAGAACGGCCCGAAGGACAAGACGAGGCAGAAGGACGAGGUCGACAGGUCCCUGAACAACAACGCGCCGUUAACCGCCAACGAGCGACAGGAUGAAGGCAAAGAUAACGGUGUUUCGGACAUAGCCGACCAGAUGGGCACGGUCGAUUUGAACGGUCAGGAUUCUCAGAGAGCUGAGAAUGUGCUGAGGCGCUCAAAGAAGGGAAACCUGAAGCAGGGAGGCAAGGCGCCGCUCGCAAGGCGAGUGAGCUUCGACCCCCUUGCUCUCCUGUUGGACGCCAGUUUAGAGGGAGAGUUGGAGCUCGUGAAGAAAACAGCGACCCAGGUGCAAAAUGCAAGCGCCGCAAACGACGAAGGAAUCACAGCUCUACACAACGCAAUCUGCGCGGGCCAUUUCGAAAUAGUCAAAUUCUUAGUGGAGCUGGGUUGUGACGUGAACGCGCAAGACUCAGACGGCUGGACGCCUCUGCACUGCGCCGCCUCCUGCAACAACCUGCCAAUGGUUCGCUUCCUCGUCGACAAUGGCGCUUGCAUAUUUGCAACAACUCUGUCAGAUCACGAAACAGCGGCCGAAAAAUGUGAGGAGGACGAAGAAGGUUUCGACGGAUGUUCGGAAUAUCUAUACAGCGUCCAAGAGAAGCUGGGCAUAAUGAACAACGGGCUGGUGUACGCGGUGUUCUCGUACUCGGCGGCGCGGGGAGACGAGCUUUCGUUCGAGACGGGCGCUCGGCUGCAGGUGCUGCGCAAGGGCGACGACAACGAGCGCGAGUGGUGGUGGUGCCGCGACGACGCCGCGCGCGAGGGCUACGUGCCGCGCAACCUGCUCGGGUUAUAUCCAAGGGUAACUGCACAGCAGGAA